GCGGGUCCGGAGCGGAGCGGGCGGCGGCGGCGGCGGGAUGGCACGGCCGGGGCAGGGCGCGGGGGCUGCGCGGCGCCUCCCGCCGCUGCUGCUGCUGCUCGGCCUGGCGGUAUUCUUGCCAGCAUUCGUGUACUCCUUGAAGGUGUCUCCACUCAUUGAAAAAAUAAGUGAUCACAAGGAUUUUAAGAAGCUUCUCAGGACACGGAAUAACAUACUAGUGCUGUAUUCCAAAUCUGCUGCUGCUGCGGAAAGCUCACUCAGGUUAUUGUCCAGCGUGGCCCAGGAGGUGAAAGGACGAGGUACUAUAGGCUGGAUAGACUGUGGUGAUACUGAAAGCCGAAAAUUAUGCAAGAAGAUGAAGGUAGAUCCUAAUACAAAGGAGAAGGGAGUCGAUUUACUCCAUUAUAAGGACGGUGCAUUUCAUACUCCAUAUAACAGAGCGGUCACAUUGAAGUCUAUGGUGGCCUUUCUCAAGGAUCCAGAAGGUGCUCCGCUAUGGGAGGAAGAUCCUGAAGCCAAAGAUAUUGUGCAUGUUGACAGUGAAAAGGAGUUGAGAAGGCUUCUGAAGAAGGAAGAUAAACCCCUUCUGAUGAUGUUCUAUGCCCCAUGGUGUGGUGUUUGUAAGAGAAUGAUGCCAUCUUAUCAGCAGGCAGCCACAGAACUGAAGGGUAAAUAUGUUCUUGCGGGAAUGAAUGUUUACUCUGCUGAAUUUGAAAGGAUAAAGGAAGAAUUCAAUGUCCGGGGAUAUCCUACAAUCUGCUAUUUUGAGAAAGGAAAGUUCCUGUUCAACUUCGAGAACUUUGGUGCUACCGCAGCAGAUAUAGCAGAGUGGCUGAAAAACCCACAGGCACCUCAGCCACAACCUCCAGAGACUCCUUGGGCAGAUGAAGAAAAUGUAGUUUAUCACCUGACUGAUGAGGACUUCGACAAGUUUAUAAAAGAUCAUUCAUCUGUGCUAGUGAUGUUCCAUGCACCAUGGUGUGGACACUGUAAGAAAAUGAAGCCAGAAUAUGAGAAGGCUGCAGAGUUUCUUCAUGUAGCCAGUGACAGCCCAGGUGUCCUUGCAGCAGUUGAUGCUACGGUCAACAAGGCACUGGCAGAAAGAUUCCACAUCUCAGGGUUUCCUACCUUGAAGUAUUUUAAGGAUGGAGAGGAGAAAUACACUCUGCCACACCUCAGAACAAAGAAGAAAAUCAUUGACUGGCUGCAAAAUCCCGAAGCACCACCUCCACCUGAGCCUGCAUGGGAAGAAAAACAGACUAGUGUUGUCCACCUUGCUGGUGAAGACUUCAGGGAGUCCUUGAAGAAGAAGAAGCACACCCUUGUCAUGUUCUAUGCACCAUGGUGUCCCCACUGUAAAAAUGCCAUUCCACAUUUCACAACUGCUGCUGAAGUCUUUAAAGAAGAUCGCAAGAUCGCCUACGCUGCAGUGGACUGUGCCAAAGGACAGAAUCACGACCUGUGUAAGCAGGAAGGGGUUGAUGGCUACCCCACCUUCAACUACUACAACUACGGGAAGUUUGUGGAGAAAUAUACUGGAGAAAGAGGGGAGUCUGGAUUCACCACUUUCAUGCGAACCCUGAGAGAAAGAGACCAUGAAAGAGUAGGAAAGAAGAAGGAUGAAUUGUAGUUUCUGCCUCAAAAGAAGCUUUCCGCUGCACUGUGAAUGGUUCCAGGUCCUUUGUUGAUGCACCUGAGACUUCACAUAUUCUCAAGACAGAGACUUUUUUUUUAUAAACAGCCAUGGCCAUUUUGUACAAUUUUGAAAUAAAGUGAAACCACUUGAUUUUUAAAAGGAAAAUAAAUUAGAAUGUUGCCAUAACGUUUUAAAGAAAACUUUGCAUUUUCUCUCAUGUUGGGAGACUAUGCCCACUGACACUCCUAUGCAAUAUUUUUGUAGUCUGUAGUGUGUCCAUAGGUGAUGUUGUUCGUUAGGGUGAAUUUUUUGUUAAGGUAUUGCAGUACAUGUAAAAAACAAAAGGUCUGGUUUUGUUUCAUUUUGUUUAAAUCAGUGAAGGAAAAUGGGAUUUGUAAGACAGAGAUUUAUCCAAAUGCAGUUUUACAUUCUUGUGAAAUAGUUACAUGUUCUUGACUGAGAUUUGGGGGGGAACAAUUUUAAGGUGCUCAGGGAUAAAUAAGGUAUCUUAGUUAAUGAAGACAUUAACAUUGACCAGUCCAGAUCUGUUAAUGUCAUUUAAACAUCUCUGGUCUUUAAAUCAGAACUGUUUACAUACCUUUAUAAAAUGUAUUGGGUGAAUUAAGCCAAGCAUCAAAAAUAGCAGAGCAUGGGUAAAAUUAAACUAAACCCUCCUUUUUUGACAUCAGUAUUGUCAAAUGCAUCUGUAAGCUAUGGUAGGAAUGAUUAUCUUAUAGGGGUACAUGGUGACCCUUAUAGGGUACACAGUUUCUCUUCAAAUUCUGAUUGGGUCAUGUCAAAUAUGUGUUGGAAAGUGUAAUGUUCAACUGUUUUGAUAAAUGGAUAGUACUUCUGAUAAUGCAGUAAUUGUGUAUGUUACAUGUUUACAUUCCUAAAGUUUAUCGGCAUUUGUAGGAGGGAUUUUUUCUUUUUUGCUCUUUAAAGAGUUGCACAAACAAUCUCUCUGACAGUCAUCACUGUAAAACCUGUAUCAGCAGCAGUUGAAAUGUGUUACACUCUUGAUGCUUAAACAACAAAAAAAUUGAUCUGGAGGUACUUAUGUCUUCACAGGAGGGGAGAGGGAGGGGCAGGAAGUUGUGAUUCAUGUUGAACUGAAAAUAAAUUUUAAAAGAGAUAA